ACGCACACACACACACACGCAUAGUCAUUCAAGCGAACGGCAGCAACGAGCACUUCUGGAAGCACGAGAACAAGCAGCCCGACGCCUUGAGAACCUGUCGUCGUCGGGAUAAGGCAACAAGACGGAGGACGGAUAUAGCAGCGCUCCGGGACCCAGGAGGGAUUCGAACCCAGCACUUUUAUUGCGGCUGUUUUGGCGGGGUUGAGUUCUUGUUGCCAGGCAAAAACAGAAAGUCCGAGCAGCCAUGACAGCGCAUCCUGUGUGUGCUGCAACGCUUCACUGCCACUUCUGACCUUCCGCCGAUCGCGCGAAGCCGAAGAUGUCAGUGUGUAGCGACUUUGCGGAACACGUGUGGAAACCCGGCUCCUGCAAGAACUGCUUCCACCAGCAAAGCGCGCACAAGACUGUAGGCUGCCCAGCACGCGCUGCGGCCGCCACUGCGUGUCCAAAGAGCGGAGGCGAUGACAACGACACAGUGACAACACCCUCACCCUACAGCAAGCCGACCAUCGCCGUCAAGCCCACUAUGAUAAGCCUGGACACCGGCGACUCGAUGGCCGACGUCAACAUGAACAUAGAGCAGAAGAACACUAAGAGCCCAGUGGAGCGUUUGGGCCUGAAGAAGAUCCUGGAUCUGUCCUCCCUUUACAUAGAUAGUAAUAACUGCAAUAAGAGCCUGAGAGAUACAACUCUUCAAAGUCCAGGCACCAAGACUGACCUUUGUUUUUCUUCCUUGUCCAAAGACUCCAUGAUCAUUAGCAACAUGUUGGUCACCCAAGAUGAAGGUAGAGAGCCUCACAACACCAAUGAAGACACCAGUAGGCAGCAGAAUAGUACCACCUCCCCCAGGACCAAGAGCACUUACAACCCCAGCGUUGCAGCAAAGAGAGCAAAUUUUUUGCAUCAGAAUUCCAUGGACAAACCUUCCCUUGUGGCUAUUGAGCCGACCAGUCCUGCCAAAGUGUAUAGCAACGGCAUCAGCUGUGGGAGCACCACUGUUCUAAUCGCCAAAACUUCCAGCACUUCCGCUAUUUCCUUAACCUCAGCUUUAUCUGUGGACACUGUCAAUAACAGUCAGCAAUCCAUCCAUUCUCCUCCUGUCCUGUCUAAACAAAACAGCCUAUUAGACUCCUUCUCCUCUUUCGGUAGCAGCACUGAUUCACUGCCUGUGACCGGGGAUUCUAUUGGGAGCGCCCAAAGCCCACAAGCAACGGGUAACUCGGCGCCCAGUUCUCCCAGGGGUCCAGACUCUGAGCCCAUUUACGCGGAGAGCACCAAGAAAAAGCGCAAGUCACAGAGAAAAGGAGUGCAAAGUUAUCCGGGUUCCCCAGACCAGACUAACUACUCUGAAUUCUCAGGAGAAGCCCAGCGGGCCACCAUCACUGUGAUGGCUGCUCAUACAGAGGAGAACAACAGGACUUUCUACCUGAGUAGCCCCGAUUCAGCCCUCAGCACCCAGUGCCACCUUAGCCCCACAGCACACAAAGACCCCAGCAGCACCGCCUUCCGCUGGCCCAGUCCCAGCCGCAGUGUCCCCUCCUUGCUUACAGAACCCACCCUCACUCCCUCUCUACACCCCAGCCUUCAAUCUAGCCCACCCAUUCCACCAAAAAGGACCACCCGUUCCCCAAAACUGGACACCUCCAGCCUGUCACCGUCCAUCUCUUCACCUGUUCUUCAGGACCUCCCCAGACUGGGCUCCUCUAGCCUCUCACCGUCCUUACCGUCUCCCGUUCCCCUCCCCGAAUUCUCCAGGCUCUUCCUGGUCUCUGCCAAAGAGGGACAUUUCAAGGUCCAGCCGGAAAACCACAGCAUGGCAGCGUCCGAGCGCUGGCAGAAGCACCAGCACCACCACAGCUCCGCCUGGAACUGUCGCAUUGACGAGGAAGAGGAGGAAGAGGAGAGAGAGCGGAAGGAGGCCGAAAAGAAGACGCUGACUACUAAUCCCCGGACAACAUCUCGUGUGACAAGCCUGGUCAAUGGUGCUGCUGUUUGGAAGGAGUCCAGGGUCUGCAACAAGGCCCUGAGCAGCCCCCCUCCAAAGACACAGUCAGGCGUGGCCCCCCCGCUCCUGCCCAACAAUGUUGCCUGUCAGGGGGACAGCGAGGGCGCCGUCGCAGUAGAGGAGGCCAAGCAGAGCAGGAGCAUGCCGGCCAAGCAACACGAGAGCUCAACAGAGCCUAUGGCAGCGGGGAGCCAGGGAUCAGCCAGCCAUGAGGCCAAUCAACCGCCUCCACCGCCUCCACCCAAAAAACAGCACAGAGCAUCCGGUCACUUGAGCGGCAGCAACAUGGAACUGAACCGCUGCACACAGCUAGGCUCACUGGAGAGUCCUGCCACAUCCCCUCGAGACCUAGGCAGCGCCAGGCUACGGACCGCCUCCACCGACAGUCUGACUGCUGACGCGGGUUUUCGGGAUCGAUCUUGGUUGUCCUGCUCCUCUCCGUUCCUGAGAAGUCCGGUGGCGUCGGCGCCAGGUUCUCCGCGCCCUCCAACUUUUAGCAUUACGGCCAUCCAGCCGCCUCCACUGCCAGAGAAGAAGAUUGUCAACCGCACCGUGUCAGCCCCCGACAGCGCCACUUCCAAAGCCUUUCUCCAGGCCUACCCUCGCCUCCUGUUCACCGGGUCGGAAAACAACGUGUGUAGACCUAAUGACUCCAGCUGCCGGGCCAGUUUACCGUCCAGUCCAGUAGAUACGAGACCCAUUUUCUCCUCCAAUGAGUCUCUGGAGCGCUGUCACGCUCCACUCGGCCGUCCCUCCAGAUCCCGGACUUUGGACGAGCCUUUUAAGAAUCAUGGCCGUUUAGGUGUCCACUGCCGAAGCAGCAUCACCUGCUCCUCCUCUCCUCAACUCAGCGCGCCCUUUUCCGCUUCCGAAGCAGGGCCGGCGCCCAACCUAGGCUCCAGUUUGCAGCUGCAGACCCUCCUGAGCAACAUCGACAGUCGGGAGGGCGUGUAUUCCAAGCUGGGCGGCCUCUACGCCGAGUCCCUGCGGCGCUUGGCUCUCAAAUGCGAGGAGCACUUUACGGGCUCACAAAGGAACCGGAGGUUCGAGGAGAGCAACUGGUCUUUGUUCAGGCUGACGUCCAACAAGCCCAGCUGCAAUGCGGGCGACGCCGUUUACUAUUCCGCUGCCUGCGCCUCCGACCCCAGCAACUCAUACGCCGUGAAGAUCUGCAAGAGUCCGUCCGCGGAGGCCAAGCAGGGCCGCCUGUACGGCCUGUCGGUGCAACAGAGUAUGCCCCCGCACUUCAACCUCCAGCAGGACUGUGGCCACUUCCUGGCGUGCGUCCCCCAGAGCAUGCUGCCCCCCGACCAGGCGGCAUCGGAGCGAGAGCGGGUGGUGGUCAUCGUUCCCGAGAUCCCGCGGCAGACGGCGGCCGACUUCGCCCGAGAGUUCGAGGCCUUCCACAAAAGCCAGCCGGAGGUUUACGAGCGCCGUGUCUGCUUCCUGCUGCUGCAGCUGUGCCACGGCCUGGAGCACCUGAAGGAGCACGGGGUGACGCACCGCCACCUGUGCCUGGAGAACCUGCUACUGGUUCCUUACCCACCGGCCCCGCCCCCGCCCACCCAGCAGACCGAGAUGAGCGAGGCUUUUAGUCAGCGACACCUCCCUCGCCUCCUCAUCAGCAACUUCGCCAAGGCCAAGCGGCGCACAGCCGAGGACACCGCAUCCGCCAGCGUGGACCCUCGCGUCAAGCGGGACCAUGCUCGCCUGGCGCCCGAGAUCGUGUCCGCUGCCCAGUACCGCAAAUUCGACGAGUUCCAGACGGGCAUCCUUAUCUACGAGCUCCUCCACCAGCACAACCCCUUUGAGGUGAGUCCGGCCCUGAAGGAGCAGGACUACCGCUGCGAAGACUUGCCGACCAUCCCUCCCGUGUCGCUGUACUCCGCUGGCCUCCAGAGGCUGGCUCGGCUCCUGCUUCAACCGGACCCCAUCAAGCGCAUCCACAUCCAGGACGCCAAGCGCAUUCUGCAGAGCCUCCUGUGGGGGCCAAGGAAGGACCUGCUGGAUCAGCAGUGGGAGAAGCGGGGGCCGGGCAGCGGCGGGCCGGGGGCGGACGCGGCCCGCCACGAGGGCCUCCUCAACUGGCUGGACGUGAAGCGAGCGCUGCUCAUGAUGAAGUUCGCCGAGCGGUCGCUGGAACCCGAGCGCAACGCCGAGCUGGAGGACUGGCUGUGCUGCCAGUACUUCUCCUCAGCCCACCCUCUGGCGCUGUGUCACACCGCCGAACUGCUCUACUCUCUCAAGUGACGGGCUGCCGGUGCUCUGGGAACCUGACUGAUACACUGUUUGGACAAGAGUAUUGGGACACGUAGCCUCAAAAUGUCUCAAGGCAGAGUCCCCCGAGGUUUUGUCCUUGGUCCCCACUGGUUCAUUUACUGUUUUGAUUUUCUUUUUUUUGCGGCCCAAAAUGUGUGGUGAUUUUCUACUUCUUCAAAAGGAGACACUGUGAACAUAACUUCCUCAUUACCGCUACCGAGCGUCCACAUUUAUCCUGCCACUUUUUUUCCAAACUCAUAUGGUUGAAAUUAUUAAGGAAUAUUAGGGCCAAACUAAAAAGAAAAGAAAAUGACCGUUCAAGACCUACGUCAUAAACCUACGAGAAAAAAAGGUGUCUUUUAGAAGAAGAGUUGUAUGCACUGUUACUCGCUGGGGAUUGGGUCAGAGCCCUGCCUACAAAGAUUUAGAAUUGCCUGUCGAUGCCACAAGAUGGCGGCGAAGAAAUAUUUUUCUAUGAGACAGGGCUAUGGCCUGAAGAAAUGAAGCUCUUCCCCUCACUUCCAAGUAGUUCCUUGGCACCAAGAUCCUACAAGGCUGCCAAAAGAAUAAAAGUAUUGCCUGAGCACAGCAGCAAAAUAGGUGAGAAUACAAUAGAGGAUGGCUUCCCCCCAAAAAAUCUGGAUCGUUGAAAAUUGCAAAUAUCCUUUGGGGAAUGUUGUAUUUUUUAGAUUAUUCUCUGAAUAGCUUGAUUUUAAAGUUGUAUUUUUAUGAGGGGAAGUUCAGGAAUGACAUCAGAGGAGCAGUGUGUUUCCUGCGAACGGAAGAGUAAUGUGGAGGCUCUCCUGAGGGAGUGGAAUUUCCGAAUAAUCUGAUAGUGAUGUGACGAGUAUUUCAUUUUGUAAUUUAUGAUUUCAUUUAAAAACAUUCAAAUGAAAAUUACAACUUUAAUAUCGUAAAGAUACAUCUUCUCUCAUAAUUAGACAUUUGCAUAAAACUACAACAUAAAUCUCGAAUAUGUACCAUUUUUUUCUCAAGAAAAUAUGAAAACAAUUGUCAACUAUUUCCUCAAAAAUGUAAACUUGUUUUGAAUGUACGACUGUAAUCAAGGAUGACAUGACAGGAUGAUAUGACAAUUUUGAAAAUGUACAACUUUUUCCCAAAUAUUUUUUCCAUCGAAAUAUACAGCUUUACUGUCAUAUAAUUACAACUAUAAUUUUGAAUAUAUAACUAAUCUUGAAAAAAAGUGUGUGUAUAUAUAUAUAUAUAUAUAUAUAAAAAAAAAUGUAAUCUACAGUAACUUUUUUUAUACUCCGAAAUUCCGAUUAAUCUCAAAACAUAUUCCUCGUUAAAGGACCUUUUUUCUUUAAAAAUACAAAAAAAAAUUCGCAUACAACUCUUUUUCUCAAAUGCAUGACUUGGAAAAUAUGCCGUUUUUUUUUUUCUCGUAAAAUGACGUAGUUAAUUUUUUUCUUUUCUUUUCAGGAUGGUCUUAAUACUUGUUGGAAUGAAAUGUAGUACGUACUGUACUGUGUGCGCGUUAGCUGAUCUUGCGAAUAUUUGCCGCUGUUCUGUGCUGUAUUUCAAGUAUUACAAUGUUUUCAAGGACUGCUGUGUCGUGUCGAAAAUGGAACCUGAUCCGUCGGAAUGAAAAAAUAAAGCAUCCUUAUCAUGUUUUGAUGGAAUGAUCUGCUGUACUGUCCUGUCGACGUGCAACGACUGCUCGCUCAUCCGUCCUUAUUCUGUUGACCCUGUGCCUUCAGUUCCUCGUGUGUGUUUGUGAAGCCAACAUGUAAAUAUGGCUGGUGUUUUUUGUGUAACUGGAUUUUCACAAUAACACUCCUCUUUGGUUUUGUACAGUAGAUUGUGAAAGAACAACCCAAGCAGGCCUUAAAAAAAAAGUCAUGAAAAUGAGCAGCAGUUCAAGGUCAUAUUUAUGAUGUCGUUUGUUAUGGAAGUUUUUAUUCAUGGCAGCCUUGUUUUGUUUUACAAGUAGCAAACAUUUGAUUGAUUCCUAAUAAGUGGCUGGUGAGCGAGAGGUUAACAGGACUGCAUGUACAGCAUGUUGUUUUUUUAAACAUCUCAUGACUAAUCAUUUAAGUGUGUGUCUACCAAUAAACCAUUUAUUUUCUCACUUGAAA